AUGAAGUUAGCUGCUUGUUUUGCGCUGAUAACAAUCGCGCACGCAGGGUUACUGAGCAAAAGGGAAACCUGCCAGGAGAUUUGCGACGCCAGCCAAUGCCCGAUCCCGCCUCCGGUUUGCUACUACGGACGCGUUAAAGACUUUUGCGGAUGUUGUGUCGUCUGCGCGGCCGGAGAGGGGGAAGACUGCAGCGGGUUGGCCUGCGGAGAGGGGCUGCGGUGUGAGCGGAGGAGCCAGGAGAGGUCGGGGGUCAGAGUGUGCGUCUGCGAGUCCAACGGGGUGGUCUGCGGGAGCGACGGAAGGACCUACCCGAGCAUGUGCAGGCUACGGGCGGAGAACAGGAGAGCGGAGAUGGAAAACGUGCCGCUGGUCACUGUGGUGCAGAGGGGAGAGUGUCACAUGUCAGGUCUGGAGACUCCCCUGAGCAUGCGCUACAGGUUUAACUUCAUCGCAGACGUGGUGGAUAAGAUCGUCCCAGCUGUGGUACACCUCGAGCUUUUCCAACGGCUUCCCUUCUCCCCAGAUGAGGUGUCGGUCUCCAGCGGCUCUGGCUUCAUCGUGUCGGAGGACGGCUGGAUCGUCACAAACGCUCACGUCCUGUCCAACAAACAGAGGGUCAAAGUGGAGCUGAAGAGCGGUCUCCAGUACGACGCCGCGGUCAAAGAUGUGGACCAGAGGAUCGACAUCGCACUCAUCAAGAUAGAGCCUGAGAGCCCCCUGCCGGUGCUGCGCCUGGGCCAGUCCUCAGACCUGCGUCCCGGGGAGUUCGUGGUGGCGGUGGGAUCUCCCUUCUCCCUCCAGAACACAGUGACCACAGGCAUCAUCAGCACAGCGCAGAGGACCGGACAGGAGCUGGGCUUUAAGGACUCAGACCUGGACUACAUACAGACCGACGCCAUCAUCAACUAUGGCAACUCCGGCGGCCCUCUUGUCAAUUUGGACGGAGAUGUGAUUGGAGUGAACACAUUGAAAGUAGCAGCGGGGAUCUCCUUUGCCAUCCCAGCAGACAGGAUACGCCAGUUUCUCACAGAGUCGCACAACAGACAGCGCAGUGGGAAUGCUCCAUCGAAAAAGAAGUUUAUUGGCGUCCGGAUGUUGACGCUCACACCAUCUCUGGUUGAUAAUCUGAAGAUGAGAGACAGCUCAUUUCCAGAUGUGGACUCGGGGGUGUACAUUUAUGAAGUUAUCCCAGGCACUGCUGCAGCCAGGGCCGGGAUCCAGAACCAGGACGUGAUCGUGUCCGUAAACGGGCAGGAGGUCCAGCGCACACAGGACAUGACGGAGAAGGUCCAGAACGCUGCUGCUCUGUCCCUCACCAUCAGGAGAAGAGAGGAGGAGAUCACUCUCACCAUAGUGCCUGAACAAACUGACUCUAUAUGA